AUGACAAGCUCUGCAAUCAAGAAUUUGGUUUUCUUUGCACUCUCUUCAAUUUGGUUUUCUUUGGCAAGAAGCUACAUGCACACAUACGCCGGUAAUGACCUCAUAUUUGCCCAAGUUAAUUCCCUGACCUCCAUUGAAACUUUGCUUCCCUUGAGCUACUAUAGUCUCCCAUACUGCAUCCCCAUGGGUGGGAUCCGGGAAUGUGUCGGCAAUGUCGGCGCCUCUCUUGUGGGAGACCAAAUCAUCAACUCACCAUACCGGUUCCAAGGGUAUGUCAAUGAGUCUGUCUACCUCUGCACCACUGGUCCCCUGAGCGCGCACGAGGUAAGGAUUUUGAAGCAGCAGAUUCGCAACAUGUACCAAGUGAACAUGAUGCUCGACGGUCUGCCGGUGAUAAAUUAUGCCUAUGGUCGGUUUAACAUUCAAGGGACUGGCUUCCCGAUUGGGUAUGCAGCGUGGAAUAGCGAUGAUGUUUACAUUAUUAAUCAUCUCAAGUUCACAGUCUUGGUGAACGAGCACAGAAACCGCAUUUUUGACAUGAUGGAUUUUGAUGUGCCGUCAAAUGGCACGGUUGCAAAGAGUUAUGAACCGCCGCCGCUGUUUGAGAUUGUGGGCUUCAGGGUGGUUCCUUGCAGUGUUAAACAUAACCAGGAAAACAUGAAAAAGCUCAAAAUGUUCGACAACAUAGAUUCCAUGGAAUGUCCCCUUGAGCUCGAGAAAUUGCAGGUUGUGAGGGAGAGCGAAAGGAUAUCCUUUACUUAUGAGGUUCAGUUCUUGAAGAGCGAUAUCCAGUGGCAAUCUCGUUGGGACACUUAUUUGGAGCAGGGAGAUUCCCGAGUCCAUUGGUUCUCGGUUCUGAAUUCUCUGAUAACCAUCCUUCUUUUAACCAGCAUCAUCAUCGCAAUACUCCUGAAGACAAUAUCUAGGGAACUCGCAAAAUGCCAGGGAAUCAGUAAGCAGGCCGAAGCAGAGACUGAUGAGGAGCCUUCGGGUUGGAAGCUUCUCGCUGGCGAUGCAUUCAGAGAACCGAAUCACUCUAAGCUUCUCAGUGUGUUGGUUGGAACUGGGGUCCAAAUCACACUGACCGGUUUUGUGACUGCAACCAUCGCAGCCUUCGGCUUCAAGCUGCCUGGAGCUCGAGGAAUGGUACUGACGUUGAUGAUGACUAGCUACUGUUUUUCAGGAAUCGUUGGCGGGUACAUUGGCGUGCGUCUGUGGAGAACUCUGAAAGGAAGUACUGAUGGUUGGAAGUCAGUUUCAGGGUCGAUCACAUUUCUCUUUCCAGGAAUCGUCCUAAGCAUACACACAGUGCUCAACCUCGUAAUGUGGGUCAGCCAUAGCACUGCCGCUAUUUCCAUCUCCAUUUACGUCACCAUUUUAUCACUCUGGUUCUGCACUUCAGCGCCAGUCACCCUCCUGGGAGGAUUCCUAGCGACCCAGGCUGAGGCUAUCCAAUAUCCUGUGAAAACCAACCACAUUCCUAGGGAAAUCCCUGCUCGGACACUCCCUUCGUGGCUCUUAGUUCUCAGUGUUGGGAUGAUCCCAUUCUGCACACUCUUUAUCGAACUCUUCUUCUUUCUGAGUAGCAUAUGCCUUAGUAGGUUCUACAGCAUGUCAGGGACCCUCUGCCUCUGUCUUCUGUCCCUUGUUAUUGUCUGUGCCGAAACUUCCUUGAUCGUUUCUUAUCGCAAUCUACAAGCCGAGGACUGGAAAUGGUGGUGGAAGUCCUUCUGUGCUUCCGGUUCGGCUUCCAUCUAUGUGUUCAUGUACUGCAUCAACUACUUGGUUUUUGACCUGAACGGUUUGAGCGGGCCUCCAUCUGUCACAGUUUAUGUUGGUUACUCGCUCAUCGUGGCUAUAGGCACCCUGCUAUCAACUGGCAGCAUCGGCUUCCUAGCUUCGUUCUACUUUGUGAAUUUUCUCUUCUCAUCAACAGAGAUCUGAGUGAAGUCACUUUUUUCUGAAAUUCAUCAUCUGCUUGAACUCCUUAUAUUCGGAAAACUGAAGUCGCCUGG